CACACUUCGUUCCGAAGCCAAACUGCGAAAAAGCCAUUCGCUUCUUCGCCGGCAGCUUGAGCAUCUAUCUCCCCACUCCUAGGUGAUUAUUGUAUGGUCUCUGGACUUUGUGAGCUCCUCUCGGAAAACAACCAAUCAAGACAUCAGGAAAAAUCGAAAAACGCCCGAUUGAGCCUGUGUCUCUUCAAGUAUGCCCCCGGCGGCGGAUCGUGGAGACAAUGGCGCAACCGAAUUUCACGAUGAGGGCGAAGACCGUGGUCGCCGCAAGCUCGGCCCCGGCCCAGGGCUGCAGAUUCCCAAGAACCGUAGCACUGGCAAUCUGGCCGUUAUAGGCGAGACCUCGGACCGAUCCCGCAUUCGAUUCUCCUUCGACGCUGGUUCCGCAGGGGCCGACCUGGAUCUCCUCACGAGCGUUAUUAGCUGUGCGGCGUCGCUGUCGAUGGCCGCGCCAAUCCCCCCUAGUCUAGCCUGUAGCUGACCGCCGCUGACCAUGCCUUCUCUCCGGUAGGUCUCCAAUCAUGGAUCACGACCACGGCCUAGGCCUCUCUGGCCUCAGGCGAAUCCGCCAGCAGCACUCUAUGCGCCAACCUACCAUACCGUCGAAUCCAUCCUCCCGCAGUCCCUCGGUUGCGCGCCUUCCUCGAUCCGCCUCGAUGACUUUGAUGCCUCCGCCUCGACGACAAGGGAGUAACAUAUCGCUUUCACCUGGCCCCGCGUCGCCCACCUUUACCGAGGAUUUGUCUCGAUUCCCCUCGGAAUCUUUACACUCCUUUUCCUUUGCCAAUCAGUCCGAGGAGCUCAUACACAGCCGCCAGAAUGUACUCAAACGGUCGAUAGAGUUCAUGAGAGAUCACAUGGGCUGGGCCGCUGCCAACUCCGCAGAUCCUGCUAUGGCCAGCGCACAAGCACGCUCUUCCGGAGAUAAGGAAGCCCAAAGUAUGCUGGAGUUGCUUGCGAGGGCACAGGUCCUGGCUGCCGGGAAUCUGCCGAAUCCGGGCUCGACCUUGCCAUAUGGCCCUCUAACCGGCCCUCCCGACGUCUCGGGCGUUAAUGUAUUUGACAGAGGUUUCAUCCAGAGGACCUCAAGCCCGGAGCCGCUGGAAGAGUCUUCUGAUUCUGCGCAGAACCUUCCUGGCCAGGAACCCAAGCGGUCCGGGUCCACCUCCAGAGGAACUUCUGACUCGGCCGAGUCCUCCCGAACACCUACGAAUGAGAGUGGCGCUUCCGCGCAAACUGCACAGACAUCACCGCCGGUUUCCAGAAGACCAAGUGUACUGCAGCGAACCUUGACGGAUACCCGUCAUGCUGAAAUCGAACAGAAGCUCGUGACUGCCAUCUCAAAGCCUUAUGCAGCGUCUACUGGGGUAGACCCGAUCCUCUCUCCAACAACGGUAGAGUCUUUCAAAGCUGCCGGGGGUAAUUUUGCAUCGUCCGUGCCGCAGAGUGCACCACAUGGCCACGCGUCCAGGUGGGUGCCGGCGGCACAGGCGAUUUUCACCACAGAAGCCAAGGCGCCCUGGACUAUUUUGGUCGCCAACGAUCUUGCUUGUUUGGUAUUCGGGGUGACAAAGGCGGAAGUGAGAAAGAUGGGUAUACUAGAGGUUGUGCAGGAGGAUCGCAGGGCGUGGCUUGCCAAUAGAUUGCGAGGGAAUGACGUAGAUGAAGCUGGAGCUGGCGAUUUUCCAGAGAGUGAAAGUAGCUCUCCGGAGCCACUCUCGCGCGUAGCAUCUAACAGCUUGCUCGGAAGUCGGGGUGGCGGCAUCACCGCACACCUGCUUAGCAAGCCGAACUCCCGGGCAAAGGCCUCGGCCAAAGUCCAGGCCGCGAAAAAGCCAAAAACCAAUCAUGACAGUGACUCAAGGCUAUACAAGACAACAAGUUCGCAAGGUGGCAAGUCUAACGGCGUUCUUCUCUGUGGCGACGUGGUACCGAUCCAGAAGAGAAAUGGGGCAACCGGAUCAGCCAGCCUGUGGGUUAAGGAAAAACAUGGCGGCUUGAUAUGGGUUGUCGAGGAGAUCAGCGAAGAUACUGCGACAGUCACCCUUAAAGAGGAGAGCAUUGUUGAGAAGCUGGAUGGUGCCGUUUCUGCAAUUUGGGGAGGCAUCGAUGCGCGGCCUGGGGUGGACGUUGGAAAGCUGAUACCCCGGGUACCAAGGCAGGGCAUUGAUCCCAGGUCAGGCGAGCUCGACUAUGCCCAGAUCAACAAGAAACGUUUCUACACGUGUCGAUACUCGGAUACAGUCAACAUACCAGCCACAGUUGAGCAGAUCAGGGGCAAGACCGAACUCAAGGUUUCAAGCUUCCCCCACAUCGCGGGUAUCAUAGUCGUCAAUACUCACGACCUAAGGAUCAAGAGCUCCAACUCGGUCUUCAGUGGCGCUCUCUUUGGAUACGAGAAGCCAGAUGGCAUGCGAAUUACCACUCUCAUUCCUAGCUUCGAGAAGAUGCUAGAUGUAGUCACGCAGGACAAUUGGUCGCUGGAGGAAGCAGUCGUUGUACCGGAGCAAAGCUUUCGUCAAGCAUAUGCAAUCGUGGGCUUGCGGGAAGGCAACCCUGACACUCCGACAAGCUCCAUGCGGCCAUAUGGGGUACCUGCAAAACAUCGUGAUGGCUCUGAAGUCAAAAUCGACAUUCAGAUGAGAGUUGUGCAGAGCGAGAGCGAUAAAAAUCCCAUGAUACCCGAGGAUGCCGUGGUGGAAGAUUAUAGCGACGAAGCGAGCAGAAGGUUGAGCACUGCGUCUAUGCCACAGGCCGAAAUGGUUUAUGCUCUGUGGAUCACGUACUCUCGCCACCUGCAUGCAUCGCAAAGCCACGCUGGAGAUGCAGCCUCUCCGUUGCUGUCGAGACGAGAAACUCAGAUGCAUCAGCCGACACCAGGCCAAACUCCUGCGCAUACGCCACCUCUCGAAGGCGAUUCAGAAACAGAAGAGCCUAAGAAAGACACCACGAUUUCAAAGUUUACCAGACAAAUCAAGGAAGUCGCACGAGAAGCUGCAGCCAAGCUAUCGAGCGUAACCAGCAGCAAACCCAAGGAACAACCGACGGCAAUGGUUCCCGAAACGAAAGAGGUUGUCAAGGAGACGGCUGCAGAGGCGGCUCCGGCCAAGCCACGCAAAAAGACCAUCGACGAUUUUGUGAUACUAGAGGAAAUGGGACAGGGCGCCUACGGUCAGGUCAAGCUAGCCAAACACAAGGAGACUGGCAAGACGGUGGUGCUCAAAUAUGUAAUCAAGGAGCGCAUCCUGGUCGACACUUGGACUCGUGAUCGCCGCCUCGGCACUGUGCCGUCCGAGAUCCAUAUUCUCGAUUUCCUGAGCCGUAACGACCUUCGGCAUCCCAAUAUUAUCGACAUGGAGGGUUUCUUCGAGGACAAGGUCAACUAUUACAUCGAGAUGGAGCCACAUGGUCUUCCGGGAAUGGAUCUAUUUGACUACAUAGAGCUGAGGAAGAAUAUGAGUGAAGACGAAGCGCGGCGGAUUUUUGUGCAGCUUGCACGAGCGGUACAUCACCUGCACAUUAAGGCAAAGAUCGUCCAUCGGGACAUCAAAGAUGAGAACGUCAUUCUCGACGGCGGUGGCCACGUCAAGUUGAUCGACUUUGGCAGCGCAGCAUAUAUCAGGAAGGGGCCAUUUAACGUUUUUGUCGGCACAAUCGACUAUGCGGCCCCCGAGGUGCUAGGCGGAAGACGCUACGAUGGCCCAGCACAAGACGUAUGGGCGCUCGGCAUUUUGCUUUACACCAUCGUCUACAAGGAAAAUCCGUACUACUGUCUCGACGAGAUUGUCGACCACGAAUUGAGAAUUCCAUGGAUCCUUAGCGACGAGAAUAUUGAUCUCAUCAAAGGGAUGCUCAACCGGAACGUCGACGAGAGGUUGAAUAUUGAGCAAGUGUUGGAGCACUCAUGGUGCAAAGCCGCGGGCGAUGACUUUGAUGGCCUUCAUGCGAUCCCUGGUCCUUCCAAUUGAAAGGUGCUUUCGACGACAACGCACACACGGCAUGUCUGUUUCAGAAGUGAAAAAAGUCAUCAGGCAAGGAUGGAGGAGUAAACGGUUGGGAAAUACAUCAAAAUUGGACUUUGGGUCGGAGUAACGGCAUCUAUUGUAUGGGAGAAAUCUGGGUCCGGAGUCUGGAGCGUUUUGGCCACUGCUUAUGGGAAUCUUGUGCAUAGCGGUUGUCUGGCCCACGACAAAUCGUUUGAAUGUCUUUACUGGGUCCAAGACGACCGUGGAGGGUCUUUGUCUGCUUUUAUGCUAGCGAAUGCCUUCGUUGCUUGUCACAUCCUAGACUGCAUAUCUAGAAAUAUACCUUUACCAAGUUAUGGAUUGCUGGCCAGUCGAUAAGGGAGUCUGAGGCAGUCACUCGGUAGUGUCAUGCUAGAGAUGAACCUUGGGUUUCUGUUUGUAGAGGACAGGAUGGAUUGUCAUAUAAGUUGA